UAGUUCUCUUCUCUUGAAUAAAAGAAAAGCACAAAACACGUUACAAAUUGACAGUCUAACGUCAAAAAAAACAGCAACUAUAAAAUUGUACCAGUAGUAAAAUCAUGGAAAACUGUUAAAUUUAUUUUGCGUGGAAUAUAGACGACGGUAAACAUGGGGGAUAAAAAUAAAAAACCCGCUCCCAAGGUCAUGCCCGGGUGGAUGAAUUUCCUCAUCGGUGGCACGAGUGGAAUGUUGGCUACAUGUGUGGUCCAGCCCAUGGAUCUGGUGAAGACCAGGAUGCAGCUGAUGGGUCCGGCCGGAAAGAACGCAUCGACGGGGGGUGUCAUCAGGGAUAUCCUCAAGGCCGAAGGAUUGUUCGGCUUCUACACCGGGCUCUCGGCUGGCCUGUUUCGACAGGCAACCUACACCACCGGCAGAAUGGGCGUCUUCAACUCCUUGUUUGAAUAUUAUAAGAAGAACUACGGUGUGCCCAGUUUCCCGAUGAAGAUCUGGAUGGGCGUCGUGGCCGGCGGCAUGGGCGCGUUCGUGGGUACUCCAGCCGAGGUGGCCCUCAUCAGGAUGACCGCAGACGGCAGGUUGCCGCCCGACAAGAGGAGGAACUACAAAAAUGUGUUCAACGCGCUCGGCAGAAUGGCGCGGGAGGAAGGCAUCACCUCUUUGUGGCGAGGAGCAACGGCCACGAUCACGAGAGCCAUGGUGGUAAAUGCAGCGCAAUUGGGCACAUACGCACAGUCUAGAGAAGCCUUGCUGCCUAGCAUGGGAGAAGGUAUAAGCCUCCAUUUCUGCGCAUCAAUGAUAUCUGGUUUCAUCACUUCUGCCUGUUCUCUGCCCGUCGAUAUUGUUAAAACCAGGGUACAAAACGCGGCGAAAGGCACCGGGCAGGUGGCGGUGCUGAUGGGCGUGAUCAAGAACGAGGGCGUGCUGGCGCUGUGGAGCGGCUUCUUACCCACGUACGCCAAGAUCGGGCCGCACACGGUGCUCACGUUCUUAUUCAUGGAACAACUCAAUUCUCUCUACUUCAAGAUGGCUUAGAGUGUCAGGAGAGAAAUCAAUGUUUGUCCCGACUUCCGUCUACUGUGCGAACUGUAACCCCGGCGGUCGACAGCGACCGCAGCGAAUGGCGGCGCGCGAUCCCCCACUAUUCCGCAUCGUUCUUAAUCGUACGAUCAAAUUCGGAAGAAUGUAUCGAUUUAUGUGCCGUUGUUUGUGAUGCGUGCAGUAGGUAAUACAAAUACCAUAAAUUUGAAUAAUAAAUAGAAAUCCACAAUGUCUUAAGUCGUUAUGUGACUAAGUUAAUAAAAAACUUUGUACAA